GCCAGCAAGCAAGCAAAGGCAAUUCUAAACCUUGUUUCUUCUUCACCUUUAAAUUCUCUCUCUUUCUCUCUCAAAGAGACGUUUCAUUUCUGUAUAACCGAACCAACCAACCAACGUCCUGCCUAGAAGAGAAACCACGUUUGAUGAAAGCUUCUCUCUUCCGGAAUUUCAAAGGAUUUUGUUAUGGAGAUUAUCUCACUGAACUUCGUACCUCAGUGCUCUGUGGUCACUUGGAGUAGUAAAUUAGCCACGACAAGAUUGGUCCCAAACCGAUCAAAUCUCUUAUUAUCUGGGAUCAGGAAAUCCAGACUUGUGAUUCGGAAUGGGAAUUCUGAUGGUUAUGUGGUUGGUGAGAAUGAGGAUUUGGCUAGUAUAGCCAGGAGAGGAGAAUCCAGAUCAAAGGUUUUGAUUCCUGGUUUGCCUGAUGAAUCAAAUGGUGAGGCUGCUGCCCGAAUCAGCCAUUCUCACUGUGAGUGGAGACCUAAGCUCAGAGUGCACUAUGAGAAAUCGGGUUGUGAUAACGUUGAGGCUCCUGCUGUGUUGUUUCUACCUGGAUUUGGUGUUGGUUCAUUUCACUAUGAGAAGCAGCUUACUGAUUUGGGAAGGGAUUAUCGAGUAUGGGCUAUUGAUUUUCUUGGGCAGGGUUUAUCCCUCCCGACUGAAGAUCCAACUACCAUGGCUGAUGAUACUGGUGCCUCGGAAGAUGAGAAACCAUUUUGGGGAUUUGGUGAUAAAACUGAACCAUGGGCUGAUCAACUCGUAUUCUCGCUGGAUCUCUGGAGGGAUCAAGUUCAGUAUUUUGUAGAAGAGGUUAUCGGUGAGCCUGUGUACAUUGCAGGGAACUCACUUGGAGGGUAUGUAGCUCUCUACCUUGCAGCAACCCAUCCUCACCUGGUAAAGGGUGUUACCUUGCUUAAUGCAACACCUUUCUGGGGUUUCUUCCCUAAUCCAGUAAGAUCUCCAAAGCUAGCACGUCUCUUUCCAUGGCCCGGAGCAUUCCCUCUGCCGGAAAGAGUGAAAAAAAUCACAGAAUUGGUGUGGCAAAAGAUAAGUGAUCCUGAAAGCAUAGCUGAGAUACUUAAACAAGUCUACACAGACCAUUCUACCAAUGUGGAUAAAGUAUUCUCACGUAUUGUGGAGGUCACGCAGCACCCGGCUGCUGCAGCAUCGUUUGCUUCAAUCAUGCUUGCUCCUGGUGGACAGCUAUCGUUCUCUGAAGCUUUAUCUAGGUGUAAGCAGAACAAUGUUCAAAUAUGUCUCAUGUAUGGAAGAGAAGAUCCAUGGGUGACACCUAUUUGGGGAAAGAAGAUAAAGAAGGAAAUCCCCAAUGCUCCAUACUAUGAGAUCAGCCCUGCGGGUCACUGCCCACACGACGAAGUCCCGGAGGUGGUGAACUAUCUGAUGCGCGGGUGGAUCAAGCAUCUGGAGUCUGGUGGUUUUGAAGCGCUCCCGCUUUUGGAUGAGGCUGAAGAAGACUUGGAGAAGUCCAGCCUUAGUCGAGAAAUUGAGUUCCCGAGAGAUGGUUGGAAGAAAGCAGUGAAUCUGUGGGUGUAUGGGUCAAACGUGUCGUUCUGGAGUGGAGUUAGAGAAUCUUUCAAAUCCAGUUUCACAAGGGUGUUUGGAGGGAAGUCUGCAUAGAAGAAGCAUGGAACAGUCGUCGUGUAGUGUAAAUUAGUUGUAAUCGGUGAUGCAUUCUCGAUGCUAGCUAUAAUGUAUGUAUGUAUGUAGCAUUCAAAUUUCUAAAUGGUCAAAGAGAAAAAGUUGAGAAAAUAUCAAUCUACUUGAUAGUUAGUGACUAAAA